AUGCAGAAGGGUAGAAAGAAGAUGUUAUUUAGUGAAAAAGUGUGGCAUACUCUUAUUGAGUCUGUGUCGAAGGUGCCGGUAAAUCAGACGCGGGCGCCAUCACCAAUCGAUAGCAUGUCGAAAGCGAGAACGAUUUUAUUCCUCGCGCUAACUGCCAUCAUUGGCUGUAAAGCGGCAACACCAGAACUAAAAUUCGCAUGGAAACUUGUGGACUUCGCCUGGGAUUCCCCAGAACAGCGCGAAGCCGCGAUCAAAGAUGGCAGUUUCGUUCAAGCCAAUAAUCUACCGCUGGGGUUAGCCAGGUGGAAGAACAAGCUCUUCGUAACCGUACCACGAUGGAAGCAUGGUGUAGCGUCUUCAUUGAACUACGUAGAUUUAGAUGGACCCCAAGACCAGCCGUUGAAGCCAUACCCAUCUUUAAAAGACAAUUUAGUUCCUGAUACAGCGAAGGAACUGCCGUCAAAUAGUUCCAUUAUCUCUGUUUUUAGAGUGUUUGUUGAUCCUUGUGACAGGUUGUGGAUCAUGGACUCUGGCUUGGCUGAUAUUUUGGGAUCACCAAAUCAAGUCGCCGGACCAUCUUUAGUUAUUUACGACCUUAACACCGACAGACUGCUGCACCGGUAUUUCUUCAAAGUUGGUGACAUGAAAGAAGAUUCCUUCUUUGCGAAUAUUGUAGUUGACGUUGAUAAGGACACCUGUGAUAAUGCCUUCGCCUAUGUACCUGACUUGGGAGCAUACGGUGUCGUCGUGUACAGUUUAAAAGACAACGACUCCUGGCGUGUAUCCCACCAUUAUUUCCACUUUGAACCACUCGCUGGGUCCUACAAUGUUAGUGGCAUUGAGUUCCACUGGACAGAUGGAGUUUUCGCAUUGGCACUGUCGGAACCAAGGGAAAACGGAUACCGUACUAUGUUCUUCCACGCGUUCUCAAGCACUAAGGAAUUCUGCGUUUCCACUGAACUCCUGCGCAAUUACACCCACAUUGAUAAGAGCGAAGCUUUCCACGAUUUCAAGUUACUGGGAGAUCGUGGUGCAAACACGCAAUCAUCUGCUAGCUACUACGACGCCAAGAGCCGAGUACUUUUCUACACGCAGGUAAACCGGGAUGGCGUCGGAUGUUGGAAUUCAAACAAGCCUUACACACCCGAAAAUAAUCCACUUAUCAUUUCGGAUCCUCUUCUAUUCGAAUUCCCCAACGAUCUAAAGGUUGAUUAUGAAGACACGCUAUGGAUCUUAAGUGACAAGCUGCCAAGAUUCAUUUACAGGACCCUGGACCCAAAUCAGGUCAACCACAGGAUAUUCAGUAUAAAAGUUGCAGAUGCUAUAUCCGGAACUGCUUGCCAAUAG